CUCGCCGGAAGCCGGGCGGGGGAGGGCGGGUGUUGCGCUUGUGCCACAGUGAGCCCGUGCCAUUGCCCCGGGGCUCUGAGCCGGGUGAGUUUGGACAGCUCGUUCCUUCCUCCAGGCCGCCUGGCACAGGUCGCACCGGGAAGGGAACGUCUGGCUCUCGGCGUCCUGAUGAAGCCCGGCUAAGAGAGCACGCUGCAGCCUCAGAAAGUUGGAGGAGGAGGAGAAGGAGAAGGAGGUCUGCACAGCGAUGUAGCCCAGAACGUGAAACGACAGCCCGUGGAAGGCAGUUCAGCUCCUCACCGCCCUGAUCCUGGAGCAUGGGCUAAAAACUAUGUUCGUCUCCCGUAUGGAAAAUCAUUGUUUCCUGCUGUUUGUGUUUGUUUUCCAAGUGAUAUUUAUCCUGAUCCUCUACCGAGGUGGACCUUCGAAUGUGUUUCGCGGGUUUUUAGAGUCGCCUCAGGUGGCGGAUUACUCGAAGCCCCAUGAUGUGUACACAAACCUCAGCUUGUUCACCCGGGCUCCCAAUGAGGACGCGAUGUCGUACUGCUCGGUGCAGUCCCCAGUCCUGGUUGGUCCAUUAACCAUCACCUUCAGAGUGCUCCCUAGUGAAAGGAUAAUCAUGGAAAGAAAUCCUUUUGUUCAGUCUGGUGGCCACUACAGGCCACCUCACUGCUUUGCCCGCUACAAAUCCGCCAUCCUUGUGGCCUACAGGAACCAGGAGAAGUACCUUCGUCAUCUUCUCUACUAUAUCCAUCCUUUCCUGCAGCGCCAGCAGCUCAGUUACACUAUCUACCUGAUUCAGCAGGUGGGUACUGGCUCAUUUAACCGAGCAAAGCUGCUUAAUGUUGGUGUCCGGGAAGCCAUGAAGGAUGAAGAGUGGGACUGCCUUGUCCUGCAUGAUAUUGACCUGGUGCCUGAGAAUGAUUAUAACCUCUACAUUUGUGAUGAGUAUUAUCCCAAGCACAUGGCCAGUGCCAUGGAUAAGUUUCAGUACACUCUGCCAUACAAGUCCUUUUUUGGGGGUGUCUCUGCUCUGACUCCAGAACAUUACAUGAAGAUUAAUGGGUUUCCCAACACAUACUGGGGCGAUGGUGGUGAAAAUGAUGACAUUGCUACAAGGAUUCACUUAGCAGGAAUGAAGAUAGUCCGGACAUCACCUGACCUUGGACGCUACCGAGUAAUAGACUACAAUGAAGUGACAGAGAUCCAAGAGCCUUGGAGGAGGUAUUCUUCCUCCCUCAGGCCUCCUUCCCAACACAACACCAGAAAAACAUGGAAAGCUGAUGGAAUGAAUACAUUACAGUUCAGGCUCCUUUCCAGGACCAAGCAUCCUCUUUAUACCAAGAUCACUGUGGAUAUUGGAUAUGUUCCCCCAUCUUCUUAAGAGACUGAAAACAAAAGCAGAGGUUGGGUGCCACAUAGGUGUUCAGCCAAUACCUCCCACUUUCCUGUGAAGUCUGCCCCACCUGAGAUUAACCCUUUUACCUUUCACUUCAAACUGUUUCAGAUUUAGAAGAGGCUCCAGGAACAGGGUAUGACAGCCACUUAACAGUCUGUGGCUUACUGUAAAAAUUGUCCAAGUUGCUGUAAAACCAACUCCUGAGCCAUCUCUCUGUAACAGUAAGCUGAUCCAAGUUUUCUGGAACCUUUGUGUCCUUUGUAGCUAGAUAGGUCUGUCCUGCUUUAUACUUAAGUGUUAAUUGAGAUGCAAGCCAUUCUGCCAGAUUGGCCUCUGACAUGUUGGAUUUUGAAAAGGUGUUGAAGUCAGUUACAGUUCUAUAAAUACCUUUUGUGAAUUUGAGUAAAAUAAAUGAAGUUAUGUGUUUGGCUUGA